UUUGUCUAUUUCUAUUAGGUGUGUGAUAAUUUUACUGAUAUUAUGUAUUGUGGGCGCAGUUGGCUGCAAAAUGUGGUUAAGUUCUUUUGAGCAAUUUCCUGUACCAUAUCUACCUUUUGAUGUUCACCCAAGCUACGAAGGCCUCUUGACUUUUUGGACAUACAUUAUAAUAUUGCAGGUGAUGAUUCCAUUGUCUUUGUACGUUACUAUUGAAUUAUGCAAAAUUCUGCAAGUAUACCACAUUCACAACAACAUUGACUUAUAUGACGAGGAUACAAAUAAAAAAACAGAAUGCCGUGCGAUGAACAUUACUGAAGAGUUGGGGCAAAUACAACAUAUAUUUUCAGAUAAGACAGGAACACUGACUGAAAAUAAAAUGCUAUUUCGACGAUGUGUUGUCAAUGGCAUAGAUUACGGUCAUCCCCCUUCAGAGCUGGAACGGUUGCACUCAAAGCCUGGAAUACCAGCACCACCGCUGAUAACUAAUUCCACAUUAUUAAAUGAUAUGCUAGAGUUGAUAAAUUCUGGUCAGUAUUUGUCAUCAAAUGCCCAAAGGCUACAAGAAUUUCUUUUGGUAAUGGCGAUUUGCAAUACGGUGAUUGUAAGUGCCACACCACAUCAUGAUUUAAUGAAUGCCAGUGGCAUAAUUGAAGUUCAAGGAGCAGCCAACAAUGAUUCAGUAAUGCUAAAAAAUGUAAAAGACAACCAUACUCCUUUACAACAUAUAACACAAACAGAUUCAUCCCCUACAUCAUUAACUAAAGCUAAUAAUAAUUUAGCACCUGCUAUACCAAUUGAUCGUUAUACUCGCUUAGCUGAAUCACGUUCAGUAACACCAUCACCACCACCAAACCUUGCCUAUGUUUUGCCAACGCAUACACAUAUUCCAUCGUUAUCCCCAAUAAGCAGCUCAGCAGAGACUACACCUACUUCUGAUUCACCUCCUGUGAAAAUGAAGUCGUUUUCAAAUAGCAUAUCACCGACAGGGCGAGCGAAAGCAGUGAUAAACUCCAAAAUAAGUAGCCUUACCUCAUUCUUGAAUGUAAAAGUUCAAGCAAAAAAAUUUACAAACAAGUUAAAUCAAACAAAAAUUCAGCAAUCAUUUAAAACGGCCAACGGUAGACCGUUGUAUGAAGCUGAGAGUCCAGAUGAACUGGCGCUUGUAAAUGCUGCUUAUAGUUAUGACUGCUGUUUAGUCAAUCGAAGUCCAAAUCAUAUACUAGUUAGCAUUCCUAAUUCUGGAAUGGUGGAGUAUGAAGUUCUAAAAAUUUUGCCAUUUGAUUCGAGCCGCAAGUGCAUGUCAAUUAUUGUGCGCCGUACAGGAACACAAGAAAUAGUGCUUUACACAAAGGGCGCUGACAGCUCUAUUAUACCCGUAUUAGUACCGUGCGCUCUAAAUACGACAGAAGGUGUAAUGCGAGAAAAAACUCAACAGCAGUUGGACCGUUACGCUCGUGACGGUUUGCGUAUAUUAGUUAUGGCAAAACGAACAUUGAAUUCCGCCGAAUAUACAGAAUGGUGGGCACACCACCAAGAAAUUGAAAUGUCGUUGGAGAAUAGAGAACGACGCAUUCGUGAUUCUUUUGCGAAGCUGGAAUGUAAUUUGACAUUACUAGGUGCUACAGGAAUUGAAGAUAGGCUUCAAGAUGGUGUUCCGGAAACGUUAGCUGCUCUGAUUUCGGCUGGUAUAUCGGUGUGGGUGUUAACUGGCGAUAAGCCAGAAACGGCAAUAAAUGUUGCAUAUUCUGCAAAACUUUUUAAUCAACAGAUGGAGUUAUUGCGUCUAACGGCUCGCUCUCGUGAUGCUGCGGAAAGUGCGAUCAAUUUCUACUUAGCUGAUUUGGAUACCAGCAAAUCAAUAUAUGAUACUCAUACCCGACUGAAAACACGUGCUUUGGUUGUCGACGGCAAAACUUUGACUUUUAUCCUGGAUUUACGAUCGAAACUCAUAAGACCUUUCCUGAAAUUGGCUAAAAGCUGUGCAUCUGUGUUGUGUUGCCGUUCGACACCUCUUCAGAAAGCAUAUCUUGUUAAAGUGGUAAAAGAAGAGUUGCGUCUAUGUACCUUGGCGAUUGGUGAUGGUGCGAAUGAUGUGUCAAUGAUACAGAUGGCAGAUGUUGGCGUUGGUAUUUCCGGUCAAGAGGGUAUGCAAGCUGUUAUGGCCGCUGAUUUUACGUUAUCACGCUUUCGCUACUUAGAACCUUUAUUGUUAGCUCAUGGAUACUGGUGUUACGAUCGUUUGUCCCGCAUGAUACUUUAUUUUUUCUACAAAAAUGCUGCGUUCGUGUUCUUAAUAUUUUGGUACCAACUAUACUGUGGCUUCUCUGGCUCUGUUAUGAUGGAUCAAAUGUAUCUGAUGUUAUAUAAUUUAAUAUUUACUUCUUUGCCGCCGCUUGCCAUUGGUGUCUACGACAAACGCGUGCCUGAGGAUUUUUUACUACAAAAUUGUUAUUUAUACAAACAUGGUCGAUUGGGUCUUGCUUACAAACCGCAUGAUUUCUGGAUAGUGCUAUCCGAUUCGUUAUACCAAAGUUUAGUGGUAUUUUUCAUUGCCUUAUUCGCCUAUGCUGAAAGUGAUGUUGGCAUAUGGGAGUUCGGAGCAACCAUAACAGCUACCUGUUUAUAUACGAAUUUAGUUCAUGGUGCACUCGAAAUUAGAUCUUGGACUGUAUUACAUGCGCUCUCUAUUACCAUAAGUCUUGGUUCCUUCUAUGCUUUUUCUGUUAUUUAUAAUGCAACUUGCGUCAACUGUUUUGGACUACCUUCUACUUAUUGGGUAAUAUUUCGCUGUUUAGGCUCUCUAGUGCAUUGGCUUGUGAUACUUAUAUCGACUUUGGUGGCUGUCUUGCCUAGGCUGUUGUUUACGGCGAUUAAAAACUCAUUAUUUCCUGACGACAGUGCAACAGUUUUGUUGCAGAGAAAAAAAAACCGGAGUAGAGGUGAGGGUUUGUUAGUUGCUUGGUCAAGGUCAACAUCAGCUUCAUCAAUUUAUAGGGAUCAAAAACUUUCAAUAUAGUAAUCUCUCUGUCAUGACUGUCAGGUUGGAACUGAUGGUGAAAUUGCUGUCCGCUUCGUGGUUGCGGACUUAUCCCACUACACACUUCUACACUACUACACUUCAUAGGAGUAUAUAGAAAGAGCGUAAGAACCCGCGAAGAAAGUAAACGAAAACAGUUAGUCCCGCGUAUCGAGUUACCGCAGCAAAGCAAGUGGUGAGCGAUAGUCACCUCUCGAGUUGCGGCAGCACACCCCAUGGUGAGUGAGAGUCACU